AUGGUCACAUGUACUGGUGUAGUGAUAGAAAUAGAAUAUUAUAUGUACAUGUAUGUAUGUAUACACUGAGUAUGUAUGCAUAUAUAUAGUUCUAAAAGUCAUUGUAGUGGAUUGCUUCCUUGUCGCCAUGUGAACAAGUGGAGAACAUUUCCUUUUCCGUUCAACCAUAUAUUCUUAUAAAUGUAGAAUUUUUUUUUUAAAUUGCAAUCAAAGAGGAACUCAUCACAUAUUGUGGAUUUUAAAUAAGUUUUUCAUUUUCUGGGACGUUUAACAAUGGAUGAGAGAACAAGGGAUGGAGUGAUAUUGUGACACAAUUAAACCGACUGUGUGAAUGUGGAAGUAAAAUGUGGUACUAUGACAAAAGAUGAAUAAAUGGGUGAAACGAACAACAAUGUGUAGAUUAUCCAAAGCCUCACCGACCAUCGAUGAACUCGAUGAGGUUCAGAGAGCUAAAGAAGAACGGAGAGAAAUUGUCGCCAAAUAUGACAAGGGGCGAGAGGAGGGGGCACAGAUUGACCCCUGGGAGGACCCAGCCUUCGAGGUGUACCAUGUUCUUGACCGCUGGGGAUUUAUCCAUGACCAUCGCCUGCCAGAGGGGAGAGAUGCAGCGGAAAGCAAGGCAAUUGAGAUUGAGCGAGAACGGUCCAAAAAGUGGAUGAAGAUGAUCAAUAAAUGGGAGCAGUAUUACCCUGGGGAGAAGAUUGUGCGGAGGAUAUACAAGGGGAUCCCUGCCAGUGUGAGGGGCCUGGUGUGGGCCAGGAUUCUGUCCAUCAAUAAAACCCGCGAGGAGCAGAAAGACGUCUACAGGAUUAUGAGAAAUCGUGCAAGGAAAAAGUCCCCUCACAUCAGACAGAUAGAUAUUGACGUCAACAGGACCUACAGAAAUCACAUUAUGUUUCGAGAGAGAUAUGGCGUCAAACAGCAGGCUUUGUUUCACGUGUUGGCUGCUUACUCCAUGUACAACACUGAGGUUGGGUACUGUCAGGGAAUGAGUGAGAUAGCAGCACUGCUCCUGAUGUAUCUCAAUGAAGAGGAUGCGUUCUGGGGCCUGUCUCAGCUGUUCUGUAGUAAAAAUCAUGGCAUGCAUGGUAAGAUACAUGGCCGACUGAUGCAUGGGUUUUUCAUACCCGGAUUUCCUAAACUACUACGAUAUCAGGAACACCACGACGUGAUUUUGAAAAAGUUCCUGCCAAAAGUCAGGAAGUAUUUUGAGAGAAAUGACAUCUACCCUUCGCUGUACACAAUCAAGUGGUUUCUACAGUGUUUCCUAGGCAGAAUUCCUUUCACACUAACCCUGAGAUUAUGGGACAUCUUUAUACUGGAGGGAGAAAAAAUCCUCACUGGCAUGGCCUACAACAUCAUCAAACUUCACAGGAGGAAGCUGAUGCGAAUGGGACCUGAUGAAAUCCUGCAGUUCUUUCAGAGCGAGCUGGAGAAAAACUUUGGCUACGACGACGAUACUGUGAUAGAUCAACUACAAAUAUGCAUGGAGGAACUACGCAAAGCUAAAAUGGACUUCCCUCCGCAUCCCAAAGCGAACGAAGAGCCGACACUUCCAUUCGGCUUGGAGAUAGAGCCCAGCUACGAACAGAUCAUUAAGGGAAGAAAUCCAGAAACUGUUGACGAACACUUUAAGAGGAAUCCGCACAAAGGCAAAGCUGGGUAUUUGAAGAGACGCGGGCUGAACGCCACAACGCCCGAGUUACCGCGAAGUCGGACCGACUCGAGCAGAAUGUCAGAAUAUUCCAUGGACGACACUUCUACUUACUAUGAUACUGCUGCUAAUUCUAGAAUCUCGUUUUCGAAGGCCUCGAUGCAGAGUUCUCGGACGUCCUAUGCGGAUGAUUCAGAUGUUGAAGGAUUUCGCCAGACGCCCAUGAUGGAUGAUCUGGACGAGGAUCUAGUGGGAAUGGAGAACGGACAUCCGUCGCGUGACACCACUAUAGAGAACAUUGCCCAGGAGCUGAAAACUCCGUCGGUUCACUCGGAUUAUGACAAUAUGGAGCAACGCACAAGCCCAAACUCUUCAUCAAGAGCUAGUUUUCAUGAAGCUAUGGAGAAUAAUAUAACCAAGGUAGCUGUUCACCACGAAGUGUCUAGCCACAUACCCGCUAGUAAAUCCGAUGGAUACAUCAAAUCGCGGAGUCGCGCAAACAAAAAUGACAACCAGAACUAUUCUCAUGCAAAUCAGGAAGUGACAAUGGAGAAUGUCGCUGGCUCCUACCGACAAGGAGCGAAAAGUGCCAAUGAACUAAACAGCAGCAGUCCAGGAAGAUAUGUGUCCAAACUGAAAAUUAACACGGAUUAUAACGGACAUCCGAACGGAUUUGCCGAGGAGAGCCCCUCACAUCGCAAUGGCCACAGUUCCUCAAAGGUCGUAGUAACCACUGCCAAUUUCAACCAGCGCUUAGUUAGUAAGCAACAGAUUCAGAUGAAGACUAGUCAAUUGUAGACUCAGGAUUUAUAUGUGUAUUCGUCAUCGUUAGGAGUUUAAUCUUCAGAUUUAUAUUUAAGAAUUUAAACGGCUCUUUUCUGCAAAC